AUGUCGAAAUGUAAAACGCGCCGUUCUCCCCUCAUCGUCUUCUUCCUUCCGCUCACACUUGCUGCCGACCGCUUGUAGAUUACCAAUUCAUUUAGGGCGUGGUUUUCCCAAGAUUCAACUGAAUGUCAAGAAAAUUAACUCAGAUAUCUUUCAGAGUUACUAGCAAGGCAGCACAUGCUUGUCCAUUUAUUCAGUUGCUCCCUCAUACCAUAAACCCUAUUCAGUGACUCAAAUUCAAUCCUAAUCUCCCAAUUUGCAAAUGCUAAUUGUCAAGUCACUAUCUGUUAUUUCAAAUUCUCAUCUGUACAGGCUUCACUUCAUUCCCAGACAGCCAUUACCUUUUUCUGUAUGUUGUUGUUUCUCUUCACUUGCUAAAACCUCAAAAGCCCCAAACCCAGUGCUUGUUGAUUACCUAAUUAAAAUCCUCAAAUUCUCUGAAAGACGAGCAAUCUCUAUCUGCACUCGCAUCUCUCAUUCCAAAGCCAUUGAAAAUGCUAAAUUUGUGGUUCACUUUCUCCAAGAACUUGGUUUCUCCAAUUCCCACAUCCAAUCUGUUAUCCGUCCAUUGCCCCAAAUUCUCUUUGCUAAUGUUGAAAGGUCCCUAAAACCAAAAAUUAAGCUUUUUCAAGAUAUGGGUCUUGUGGGUAACCAUCUGGGCGAGUUCAUUUCCAAGCAUUCUAGGGUUUUAACUGCUAGUCUGGAGAAAAAAUUGGUUCCUCGCAUUAAAAUUUGUAAGGAAAUUUUGUUGAAUGAUGAGAAUAAUGAGGAUUUGGUAAAGGUUAUAACUAGAUGCCAGUGGAUUCUCUACAAGAAUCCUGAAUCAUUAUUGUUAUCCAAUAUAGCAUUUUUGCAGAGCUGUGGUAUAGUUGGGUCUCAGCUCUCCAAGUUGUUAAGCAGAAGGCCUAAGCUUUUUGUUAUGCAAGAAUCCAAAGCUUAGAGACCUUGUUUCUCGGGCUUUAAAUAUGGGGUUCUCAGUCAAUUCAAAAAUGUUGGUUCAUGCUUUAUAUACUGCUGGUAGCUUGACUGAAGAGACAUUUGAGAGAAAAUUUGGAAUUCUGAAGACUUUUGGGUUUUCACAGCAUGAAUGCUUGAAAAUGUUUAGAAGGGUACCAGAUUUUCCAAGGACAUCUGAGAAGAAGUUAAAGUUGGGACUUGAUUUCUUUUUGAACACAGUUAAGGUAAAAAAGGAGGUGUUAGUUAAUAGACCUGCAUUGUUGAUGCAGAGCUUGGAAAAAAGAGUGAUUCCUCGAUACAAGGUUUUGGAGAUUUUAAAAUCAAAAGAGUUAUUGAAGAAGCAGCCGAGUUGUGCUGUUGUGUUGAAUUUGACAGAAAGGGAGUUUCUACAGAAGUUUAUAUCAAAGUUUCCGAAUGAAGCUGAGGAAUUGCUGGCAGUGUACAGACAUCGUGUUCUGGAUUCACCUUCCUAAGAAGAAAAAUGUUGAUGCAAGUUUGACUCACAUGCUUUUGGUGAUUUAGGGAACGAGAGAACCUUCUUUUACCAAACCUUCGUCAGAGCUCUUAUAACCUGUUUCUAGAAUUUUGAUUUGUACCCUUAUUUUGAACAAAUAGAUUCUAUAAAAUUUUUGUGGAAUUCAUUAUAAAUCCA